ACUCGAGCACGACACUGCGGUGCAGUGCGUCUCGCGCCACCGCUCGGUCUGGUCCAGUGCUCGUGAGUGUGUGCAGUGAGGUGCGGACCAUGUGAGACACCAUGUCAACUCCCGCUAACGUUGUACCUUGCCAGCGAUGCGGUGGAUACAAGGUGUCAGAAAAAGUGUCCUGGGCUACUAGAGGGAGCAGCAAGUUGGCCCUAUAUCUGAUAAUACUGACGAUAACCAUGGUGACGGCCUUCAGACUGCAUCGCUGCUAUCAUCAGCCACGCCAGAAAGCCUGGAGGCAGGGUGAGGACUACGACCGCUGGCUGCCGUUGGUAUUUGUCGGCGGCGUCCCACGAUCCGGUACCUCGCUGGUCAGAGCCCUCCUGGACGCUCAUCCUGACAUCCGGUGCGGCCCGGACACCAGGAUCAUACCACGAGUACUGCAGAUGUACCAUCAAUGGCUCACCGACGGCAAGGAACACAGGAGACUGCUGGAGGCCGGGGUCGACUCUCAGGUGCUGCAAGCAGCCGUGUCAGCGCUGUGCCUGGAAGUCUUAGUCCACCACGGGGACUUCGCACCUCUCCUCUGCAACAAAGAUCCUCUCACAUUCCAGUACGCGGUGUACCUCUCAGAAUUGUUUCCUAGGGCAAAGUUCCUACUGGUAGUUCGGGAUGGCAGGGCUGCCGUACACUCCAUCAUAUCCAGGCAGAUUCACGUGGCUAGGUACGAUCUAGAGAGUUACCAAAGCAGCAUAUCUCAAUGGAACAAUGCUACGGACCUGAUGCUCGACCAGUGUCAACUCAUAGGACCUAGCCGCUGCCGCGUCCUACAUUACGAGAUGCUGGUCUUGAGCCCUCGUCGGGUCCUUGAUGCAGUCCUGCGGUUCCUGGAAGUCCCUUGGGACGAGAACGUCCUUCAUCACGAAUCCCUCAUCGGUAAACCUGGAGGCAUCAAGCUAUCGAGGUUCGAAUACUCCUCAGCAGAAGUAAGGCGAGCGAUACACAAAGAUUCACUGAACCGGUGGGUCGGCAGAUUCCCGGAAGAGGUCCUGCGGGAUUUGCCCCGUCUAGCGCCAGUAUUGUCCAGACUCGGGUACGACCCCGCCGACUCUGUUCCUGAUUACGGAACUUUGGCGGAAACUUGGGACUUGGACAGCGUCUUCCUGGCCAGUGACGUCACGUGACGGUGACCAAAGUGUGUGAAUGUGUUUUGGAAUGGUUCGUCCAUGAUAUAGCUUGUAAAUACUAUUAUGCUGUGUGAAUAGGGCUUUUAAACCAAAGAAGACCUUUAGUUGAAUUUUAAUAAACAUUUGGUAUAUCUGUUCAGGAGUAUAUUUUAAUAGUUGAUUGAUCCUACCUACAAACUAUUCAAUAAUCUUAAUGAUAGACUUUUCAUAUAAUACUCGACGUAUCUGAUCCAUUUGAAAUUGUAUAAUGUUAUAGGAAAUGUACGUGUUGAGACAAAUAAAGCGAAAUAAAACAGUA